AUGGAUGCAAACCGUGAGUUCUGGGCUGGAUUCAUCGAUCUAUACCAGACCAAUGAGUGCUUGUGGCGUGUGGGACCAAGGGAUUACACCAACAGAGGAAAGAAAAAUCUGGCAUGCCAGCAAUUGGCCAGGUACAGCCUUGUCCAAGAUAGUAGUGCCGACAUCAAGUGGGUGAAGAGGAAGAUCCAGAAUCUGAGGACAGUAUUUCUUAAGGAGCACAGGAAAUACAAAGAUUCCCAACGUUCAGGAGUGGGGUCAGAUCAAGUCAAGAAGCCAACAUUAUGGUAUUAUGACUUGAUGAAGUUCGUAUUGGAUGAGGAGCCUUCGAGGACAACGCGGAGCACGGAGGAGCCGAACACGCCCGAGAUGUUCGAGCCUGAGGAAGAGGAGAGUGUGGAUCCGCUGUCUUCGAGGGAGCUGGACGUGGAACCUGCAGUGGAUGAGCCGGCAGACCAAGCCACUGUAAUGCCGGAGCUGGAGGAAAGUGAGGCGGCGAUGGGAACGCCCCAGCCUCUGGCUAGAAAGAGACGCCGGCCGGCUAUCCCUGGAAGAUCUGUCUCGUCCAGCAGGUCAGAUACAUUUCUGAGGCAGGCAGAGGAGGUCCUAAAAAACAGACCGGCUAGAUUUGAAGCUAUUGGAGACCAUUUAGCCUGUGAGUUGCGGGCCAUGAACCCCACUCAGCAAAAAUACGCCCAGCGUCUGGUAUAUGCCAUUAUAUCACAUGGCCAGGAUGAUGAAUUGACCAACCACAGUGGCGUUGUGUUACAUACCAGACAGGUGCCUAGUAUAUCUUAUGUCGCUCCCCCAACUCACCCUCCCAUGUAUUCUGCGCCAGUAAUUCCUCCUCAACAAUACCCCACAUAUCCUGCUCCGGGUUACCAAAUGCCACAAUCCCCCUUCCCUGGCACCUCUUCAGGUGGAGUGUUCACACUCUGUUGA